AUGAAAUUACCUAAUCAAUUUUAUGUCUUGGCGCCGGGUUUAAUGAGAAAUGUAAACAUAAAUACAGAAGUUCCUGCUUUUUUUGACACUAAAGAAAUUUUUAUAAGCAAUGAAACUAAACAAAUUAACAAAUCAGCAAAUCCUGAAAUCUCAAGCUUAAAUUUUAUCUGCAUUGAUAUACAAGGGAAAAGUGUUCUGAUUGCUUUAAAGAGCAAAGGUUUUUAG